AUGAUCAUAGUUGACUUCCAAAACUGCUUCAUUUUCAUCCUCGUAUGCUUCUUCUCACUACUCUGUUACUCUCUAAUCUUCAGGAAGCCAAAGUACCCUCGACUUGACUUUGAUUUACCUCCGAGCCCUCCGUCUCUUCCGGUCAUCGGUCAUCUUCACCUUCUUCUCUCUGUUCUAAUCCACAGAUCUUUACAGAAACUCUCCACCAAGUACGGAUCUAUUCUCUAUCUCCGGGUCUUCAGUUUUCCUGUAGUCCUCGUCUCCUCAGCCUCCAUUGCUUAUGAGAUCUUCAGGGCACACGACGUGAACAUCUCGUCUCGUGGCUUCCCUCCGACAGAUGAUUCCUUUUUUGCCGGAUCUUUCAGCUUCAUCUCUGCUCCCUAUGGAGAUUACUGGAAGUUCAUGAAGAAGCUCCUGGUCAAGCACUUGCUUGGACCCCAUGCACUCGACCGGUCACGAGGAGUCCGUGCAGAGGAGCUAGAUCGGUUUUACAAGAACCUGUUUGAUAAGGCCAUGAAUAAGGAGAGCGUGGAUAUCUGUGCGGAAGCGUUGAAGCUCAGUAACAAUAGCACCUGCAAGAUGAUUAUGGGGAGGAGCUGUUCAGAGGAGAAUGGUGAAGCUGAGAGCGUCAGGGCUUUGGCUACCGAGAUAGAUGCUUUGACAAAGAAGAUUUUGUUGGCAAACAUGUUGCGCUCGGGGUUUAGAAAGCUUGUUUUAACACUGUUAAGAAGGGAAAUGAUGGAUGUUUCCUGCAGAUUUGAUGAGCUGCUCGAAAGGAUCCUUGUGGAACACGAAGAGAAACUAGACAUGCAUCAACAAGGUACGGACUUGCUGGACGUAUUAUUGGCAGCUUAUCGGGAUGAAAAUGCCGAGCAUAAGAUCUCUAGGAACCAUAUCAAGUCGUUUUUCGCGGAUCUCUUAUUUGCAAGCACUGACACCUUGGUGCAAACAACACAGUGGGCAAUGGCGGAGCUCAUUAACAAUCCUAAUGUUCUUGAGAGAUUAAGAGGAGAAAUUGAUUCUGUGGUAGGAAAAAUAAGGUUGGUUCAAGAAACUGAUUUACCAAACCUCCCUUAUUUGCAAGCGGUGGUCAAGGAAGUGCUAAGACUACACCCGCCGGGGCCUGUCUUUGGAAGAUUCUCCCAAGAAGGGUGUAGAGUCGGAGGGUUCUAUGUACCGGAGAAAACAACCUUUAUGGUUAAUGCUUAUGCUGUGAUGAGAGAUCCUGAUUCUUGGGAAGAUCCUGAUGAGUUUAAACCAGAGAGGUUUCUAGCUUCUCCAAGAUCAGAUCAGGAGAAGGAGAGAAGAGAGCAAGCAAUUAAGUACAUUUCUUUCGGAAGUGGAAGGAGAAGCUGUCCUGGAGAAAAUCUAGCUUAUUUCUUUAUUGGAACUGCAAUUGGAGUGAUGGUGCAGGGAUUUGAGUGGAAAAUCAAAGAAGAGAAAGUUAACAUGGAUGAGGCUGUAGUAGGACUGAGCUUGACCAUGGCUCAUCCUCUUAAGAUCACCCCUGUUUCUCGAACCCUAAGAUCAUUAACAUAGAAUCUACUGAAUAGGAGUUAAUGGAAUAUUUGCUAAGUAAUAAGGUAACUCUGCUUUUUCAUGUUUCAACACGGUGUCCGAGUUUUUUUUGGUUUAGUUUGCCUUAUGUGUGGAACCUUAAACAAUUGUGUGUUGUUCUUCGGUUUAUUCGUGAAUUAUUUCGUAUUUGUGGGUUUUA